CAUUCGUCACUACAAAAAAACCCACAGAGAAAGUCAGAAACAUGGCCUUUGCGUUGUCCGAGGAUCAGUUUCUGUGCAGCAUCUGUCUGGAUAUGUUCCGAAACCCCGUCUCCAUCCCAUGUGGACACAACUUCUGCCAGAGGUGCAUCAAACGCUUCUGGGACACGAAGCAUAAGUUUGAGUGUCCUCUAUGCAAAGAAGACUUCAAAACCCGUCCAGAUCUCAGGGUCAACGUAGCCUUGAGAGACAUCACCGAGCAAUUUAAAAAGUCUAUAAAGGGCCAUCGUGAAUACAAGCCAGCCCCGCGGAAGAUGAUGGUGCAGAGACAAGAAUCGGAAGAAGUUUCUUGUGACAUCUGCCCAGGAAACGACAUCAUAGCGGUUAAGUCUUGCCUCGUGUGCCAGGCGUCUUACUGUACGAUUCACCUGAGGCCACAUCUUAGGGAUCCACCGCUGAUGAAGCACGGACUGACGGAUCCGGCCUUCUUCGUCACCAGUCACCUCUGCAAGAGUCACAACAUGAUCCUGGAUACGUUCUGCAAGAGGGAUCAGACGCCUAUUUGUGUGAAAUGUAGAGAGAUGGACCACUGGAGCCAUGAGAUCGUCCCCAUCGAGAAGGAAAGCAAGAGGGUCAGGACUCAGAUGAAGAAGAUGGAAGCAGAGUUUAAUCAGAUGUUCCAGGCAAGAAGCAGAAAGCUGGAGGAGAUCAACAUAUCGGCAGAGUUGAGGAAAAAAAACAAAGAACUGCAGAUCCAAACAAGCAUUCAGGUGGUCACCGGGGUGAUAAGUGCCAUCGAGAGAGACCAUUCUUUCAUCGUGGAGGAGAUCGAGCAGAAGCACGAAGCGGCUGAGAGGAUGGAGGAGGAGUUUAUCAAAGAUCUCGUACGGGAAAUUAAUGAAGUGCGGAAAAGAAGAAGUGAGCUGAAGCACCUGGAGAACACCGAGGACCCUCUUCAUCUGCUGCAGAGUUUCCCCUCUCUGAGUGCUCCGCUGGCCGCUAAGGACUGGUCUCAGGUCAGAGUUUACUCGGACAACAUAGGAACUCUGAGGAGAUCUUUCACCAAGCUGAUGGAUGUGUGUCAUGUGCUCGAAAAGAAUCUGUCUGCAGAAGAGAUGAGUAAGGCAAGUCAAUAUGCAGUGGACGUGACGUUGGAUCCAGUGACUGCUUCUGGCUGGCUGUGUUUGUCCGCAGAUGGGAAACAAGUGAGCGUCAGCAGCCAGCAGAAGAAACCUCCCCCCCCUGACGACCCUCGCAGAUUUGACUCCUGCGUCUCCGUUCUGGGGAAACGAAGCUUCACCUCGGGGAGACGUUACUGGGUGGUCCAGGUUGGGGAUAAGUCAGACUGGGAUCUUGGUGUGGCGAGGGAGUCCAUCAACAGGAAGGGGGCGAUCACGGUUCGUCCUGACGCCGGUUACUGGGCGAUUUGUCUGCGAAAAGGCAUCGAAUUCAAGGCCUGUGCCGGACCCUCCGUCGCCCUCCAUCUCCAGGAAAAACCCCAGAAAGUAGCCGUCUUCCUGGAUUACGAGGAAGGGUCGGUGUCCUUCUACAACGCAGACGCAAAGACCCACAUUUACACGUUCACAGGCUGUCUUUUCACCGAGCCUCUCUACCCGUACUUAAACCCGUGUCUUCAUGACAACGGGAAGAACACCGCGCCGUUGACCAUCUGUCCCGUUGAGGUUGGGACCCCUGGGGAGAUUAAUCUGGCCUUUUAGGGGUUAGUUAGUUACAGUAGUUAGUUAGUUAGAUCCAGCAUUUUAACAGGAGACUAAAGGCACACUUGUUUGGAGGGCAAAGUCCAUGAACAUUUCCUUAUCCGCCGUGAGAAAGUUAAAGUUUGACUAACACUAUAGUAAAUAAGGCCUUUAAAGUGUUUUAGGCCUAUUAUUGAUGUGCACAAUCACAGCCAUCCACAUAUAACUCAUGGAUCUUCUGAUCCCAGAACAGCCAACUAAACAAAUCUGCCCUUUUGCCAAAACCACGUGAUUCCCUUAAACAGCCAGUAGGGGGCUCCAGUUGUAUAGAAGUCUAUGAGAAAAUGACUCUACUUCUUACUUGAUUUAUUACCUCAGUAAACUUUAUCAUAAUGAGUUUUUGUUCUCGAAUGCUAGUUUAGUGUCUUCUUCAAUACAGCAUGAUGUUUAUUUUGUAAAUGAUAUUCCAAUGAGUAAUAAGCUUUUUGGUGGGGCCAACGUGUUUUUCGACAGGUUGCUUACUCAAUAUUGUCGUGUUGUCCAUGGUUUUCUCUUAGGAAUAACCCUUUUUUAAUGUUUUAUAAAAGUAAUUGUAACAUUUGGUGUACAGCGUUUGAUUGACUUGUUUCAAAAAAUCAAGAUGGCUACCACCAUUGGAGCACAUGUGGCUACCGUAAACAGGACUUUAAUGUGAUUGUAAAUAUGUUCUGGUUCUGGGACUCAGUUAUAUCACUUUUUUUUGUUGGAUGACAGACACUUUUGUUUUUAUUUUUCCAUUUGUAAAAAUAAUCCCGACUUUAUUUUUGUAAAAAGAAAUCACCACACUUUUGACGUUUCUUUAAGUUCCCGAAAAUGAAACUGCUUCUCACAUCUUUCUACAAAAAUGUACGAUGAGGAUCUUUUUUUUGCAUUUAUUAUUUAAGUUCUGCCUAUUAAGGAAAACAUUGUUUACCCUCAUAUAGAUUAGUGUGCUUAAUUGAUUCUUUUUGCCAACAUUUGUAAACACAAAUGAUCAGAACAUGUUUGUUUUUUAUGAGGGUGUAUGUUUUCAAUGUACAAAGACUGUAAAUACUUUCAAAGUAAAUAAAUAAAAGUUGUAUUCUUU